AUGGCAAGUGCUAUAAUAUCACCUACGAACUUUGUUCUUGAAGAAAUCAAUUUUUUUCCAUGUGAUGUGAACGGGAAAAUAAAUUUUGUGCAAUUUAUGAAGGCAACUUCAGAUCUUCUGGUUUUAGUUGAUCGGCUUGGAAAAGUAUUUGUUCCUGUUAAACACGAUAUGCAAGGAAAUAUUGAUAAAAUAAAAAAACGUUACAAAUAUAAGGAAGAUUCUUGUUUGCUUGAGCUGAUGCUUGAAGAGAUUCAUAAUGGCAAACCUAUAGCAGCAGAGAGUGUUUUGUGGCUUAACCGAGCAUUACUAUUUUUUGAGUUAACAUUUCAAGAACUGUUGAGAAAUUUAAAAUUACAACAGUAUGAUGCAAACAUGAAAAAAAUUUUUACUCUAGCUUAUGAAGGUUCUGUUAAACAAUAUCACAAUUGGGUGACUCAACAAAUAUUUAAUGCCAUCUGCAAAAUGUCACCAACACUGCCACAAAUUUUAAAGGCCUUUGAGGUUGAAGAUAAUAUUAAAGCCUUUGAGUCAAGAUUGUCUAAUUUUAAUGUUACUUUACAUUUAGUUAGGUGUAAAAUUGACAACUUCUUUCGGGAUCAUAAUUUAUUUAAUAAUACAAAUUAA